AUGGCACCACGGGGACAGAGAUGGUCGCAGCAGGGCGGGGGGGUGGUGGGGAGCAGGGUAAAGGAGGAGAGGACGCAGAGGGGGCAGGGCGGGGAGGAGAGGGAGCAGAGGGGGCAGGGCGAGGAGGGAGGCGAGGGAGCGGAGGAGAAAGGGGAGAUAGAUGGUAGCAGCAGGGCAGCUGAGGGAGCAGAGAAAAUGGAGAAGAGGGAGAGGAAGCAGAGGGAGCGAGGCAGAGAGGGUGGAGAGGGAGCAGAGGGAGCAGAGGGAGCAGAGGGAGGAGGAGCAGGGCAGAGGGAGGAGAGGGAGCAGAGGGAGGAGGAGCAGGGCAGAGAGGGUGGAGAGGGAGCAGAGGGAGGAGGAGCAGGGCAGAGGGAGGAGAGGGAGCAGAGGGAGCAGAGGGAGCAGAGGGAGGAGGAGCAGGGCAGAGGGAGGAGAGGGAGCAGAGGGAGGUUAUGGAAAAACUAG